AUGGAGUUGUUAUUUGGUCGCAAAAAGACGCCAGCCGAGUUACUACGGCAACAUCAACGUGCACUUCAAAAAGCACAACGUGAAAUGGAUCGUGAAAAGGCAAAAUUGGAUAUUGCUGAAAAGAAAUUAAUAGCUGAUAUAAAAAAGUCCGCUAAAGCAAAUCAAAUGAGUGCAUGCAAAAUUAUGGCUAAAGAUCUGGUCAGAACUCGUCGUUACUCUCAAAAAUUCCAAUCAAUGAAAACACAACUUCAAGCUGUUUCAUUACGAAUUCAGACUCUUCGAUCAAAUCAACAAAUGUCUGAAGCUAUGAGAGGAGCAACAAAACUUGUUGAUACACCUAGUUCAAUUGAGAGAGAGACCACCAAAGAAAAGGUUCCGCAAAUUAUAAAUAUGGAAUCAAAUGAUGACGCAGCUUUGCAAGCUAGGCUUGAUAAUUUGCGAAGAGAAUA